UGACCGAGGUCAGGCAGCAGCGUCCACCCGCGCGCUCUGGGUCCCUAGCUUUUUCAGGCGCCGGAAUCCACGAUGAACCGGUGCGCCGAGGCGGCCGCGGUGGCGGCCACGGUGCCGGGCUCAGGCGUCGGGGACGCGGGGCUGCGGCCACCCAUGGUGCCCCGCCAAGCGUCCUUUUUCCCGCCGCCAGUGCCCAACCCCUUCGUUCAGCAGACGCGGAUCAGUGCUGCCCGAUGGCUGCAGAUUUUUCUUCUUGGAAUAAUUCUGCUUCCAGUCCGUGUAAUAUUGGUUGCAUUAAUUUUGUUCCUGGCAUGGCCAUUUGCUGCAAUUGCAACAGCAUGCUGCCCUGAAAAGUUGACCCAUCCGAUCAGUGGUUGGAGGAGGAAGAUUGCUCAUCCAGCUUUGAAGUUUCUGGGCCGCGCCUUGUUCUUCUCGAUGGGGUUUAUGGUGACCGUGAAGGGGAAGAUCGCGAGCCCCUCGGAAGCCCCCAUUUUUGUCGUCGCCCCUCAUUCAACGUUCUUUGAUGGAAUUGCCUGCAUUGUAGCUGGGCUGCCUUCUCUGGUAUCACGCAAUGAGAACGCACAGACCCCUGUGGUUGGCAGACUGUUACGGGCUGUGCAGCCAGUUUUGGUGUCCCGUGUUGACCCAGAUUCCCGAAAAAACACAAUAAAUGAAAUCAGAAAGCGGGCGACAUCCGGAGGGGAGUGGCCCCAGAUACUUGUUUUCCCAGAAGGUACUUGUACUAAUCGCUCCUGUUUGAUUACUUUUAAACCAGGAGCCUUCAUUCCAGGAGUUCCAGUGCAGCCCAUCCUCCUCAGAUACCCAAACAAGCUGGAUACUGUGACCUGGACAUGGCAAGGAUAUACAUUCAUCCAGUUGUGUGUGCUUACUUUCUGUCAGCUCUUCACAAAGGUGGAAGUUGAGUUCCUGCCUGUCCAAGCACCAAGUGAUGAGGAAAAAAACGAUCCUGUUCUUUUUGCCAGUAGAGUCCGGAAUUUAAUGGCAGAAGCGUUGGCAAUACCAGUGACGGAUCACACCUACGAAGACUGCAGGCUGAUGAUCUCAGCAGGACAGCUAACGUUGCCUAUGGAAGCUGGGCUGGUAGAAUUCACUAAGAUUAGCCGGAAAUUGAAGUUAGACUGGGACGGCAUUCGUAAGCACUUGGAUGAAUAUGCCUCUAUUGCCAGUUCCUCCAAAGGAGGCAGAAUUGGAAUUGAAGAGUUUGCAGAAUACUUAAAGUUGCCUGUUUCCGAUGUCCUGAGACAACUUUUUGCACUCUUUGACAGGAAUAAUGACGGCAGUAUUGACUUCCGAGAGUAUGUGAUCGGCCUGGCUGUCCUGUGCAACCCCGCCAACACGGAAGAGAUCAUCCAGGUGGCAUUUAAGCUCUUUGACGUUGACGAGGAUGGCUACAUAACAGAGCAGGAGUUCUGCACCAUUCUGCAGGCUUCUCUUGGAGUGCCUGACCUUGAUUUUUCCGGUCUCUUCCGGGAAAUUGCCCACGGGGACUCUGUUUCCUAUGAGGAAUUCAAAAGUUUUGCCCUAAAGCACCCAGAAUAUGCCAAGAUCUUUACAACGUACUUAGACCUCCAGACAUGCCAUGUGUUUUCGUUGCCAGAUGAAGUCCAGACAGCUCACUCUGGGGCUAGUAAUAAAGUCAGCCCUGAGAAGCAUGAAGAGGGCGUCUCAGACAAAAAGGUCGAUUGAGUCGGUGUCCCCGUGAGGAAAGCUCUCCUCCUGCCUGUCGUUGGGAAGGUGUUUGUUGACAGCAUUGGACAUGUGCUUAGCAACUAAUGAUGUUCAAAACAGAAAGCUUUUUUACUAAAAUGACAUAUUUUCUUCCUAAAAUGCUUUUAUUAAGCUGCAUAUAUCAAGUAAGUUCUUUUUGUCUUACAUUGUGCUCUUACUGGUUGCUUUAACUGGCAAUAAAUACUGUAUAUUUUUGUGAAUUUUUCAGUUCAGUUUUCAUAAUAAACUCACUGGUCUUCCUCUGUAUUGGCCAACAUUGGUCAACACUGUGAGUUUAGCAAGUACAAAUGAUUUUCAGUUCUUCCACAUAUAAUAAUACUGUGUUUUCUCUAAUUGCUUCCCUUUCUGAAAGUAAGGAUAAGGAAUCUGAAAAGCAUGGCAGAAUUUUGUAUUUUUAUCUUUGCAGGUUUAUUUCCCCAUUUAGAUUUCAGUUUCCUCGGUCACUGGCCAGGAGCGGGGAGUCCUUAGCUAGAUGUCGCCUUCUAAGAGUGCACACUCCCCUUGAGAUGCAUCUCUAUUGCAAGUUUGUUUUUUUUUUCAAAUGCCUCCUAAGGUCAUCAGGUCUUUUUCUGCUAUCCAUAGUAUAAAAGGGACCGUGUUUCAAAAUGACCUCAGUGGCCACAGCUGAGUGGGAAUUGCCUUAUUGAAGGGAACAGUGAUUGCCUAAUGGGAAAAUGAAUUGUUUGCUACAGAGUUGAAUUGAAUUUGAGUUGGCUGGUUCUGAAGGUAGCACUUUCCCAACAGAUAAAUCAGAUUUGUUCUAUUUAUAUAAUGGUCAAAUUAGUAUAUUUUACCAUCCAAUUCAAGAGAGAGUUUUAUUGUGUUUAAUUUUCCUCUCAAACUUUAGAGUUUGUCAGAACUAUCCACAUGGAAAACAGAUGCUUCCAAUGUAUCAUCAACAGCCAAGGAAUCCAAAAGCUUGGUUUGUCAAUGCGUGACCACAGUCUACACCCAGGCAGAAAUCCAACAGCAACGUAGC